AUGGGUGUCAAUCACAUCGACGUCGAUGAUGAUGAUGACGACGAUACUGGCAUAUUCAGCGUCUCCAAUGGCUGCCACAGUGAGGACGAUGACGCCGUCGCUGGUGAAGACGACGUUCUUUCAGCACUUCACACGAAGCGCACUGCUGUUGACAAGGAUGAAUCAGCAGAGGAAUUUAUGCUGAAUCGCGAAGCGGAUGUCCGCUUCGUUCAAGACUACAUUGCAGAUCCACCAGACAGGCAGAAAAGAAAUGCAGACAAACAGGGAAGAACAAGUGUUCUUUCAUUUGAUGAAGUAGAUUUAGUUUUACGGUCUACAGUAAACUUACCGAAACACGCAGUAACAAACGUGGGCGGCAGUAAAUUACUGCCCAAGUAUAUCGGUUCAUUUCGUGUGUUGCGCCGGAUGGGCAACGCAUACACGAUUGAACUGCCCCGUAAGCUGCGUACGCAUCUUGCGUUUUACUUUAGACGUCUCCGCCCGUACUAUCAGUACGAGCCCGUUUCAAGAGGUGAAGAACGCAUCCGCGGUCGAGAGCCGAGACCACCUUCGAGUGGUCCCGUUCCAAAGAGCCAGUCUGGUCUACUAGCGAAGCGACCUGCUCACGCAGUUGAGCGUUGUCUUGACGAGCCGCAGCCAGCUCGUCACGAGGAGAACGAUCGAACGUUCGUUUUGAAGUUGUGUGAACGCAAACGCGGCGCGAUCAUUCGAACGACCGUUCGCUAG